AAUCAAUCUCCCAGUCCCUAUAUACACACUGUAGUCUUUGCAUACAAUAUAAUAUAGUAGGUAUACUGUCCAUUUAAAAUUAUUUAAAGUUGGAUAUUACUCCUUUCUAUAGCUUCUAACUAUCUUCUCUAUAUAAAUGGAGCAACAAAGAAGGAGAAGGAGGAGAGGUGCAAAAAAAGAAAAGAAGGGCCUGACGCCCUAUCAAGGCAGCAAGCGAAGUUUCGGAGAAUUCCGGUGCCCCCAGUGCAAGCGAGGGUGGAUGAGCGCAAACACUUGGGCCAAUUGUGGCCAGCAGUGCAACAAAUGCAACAUCAACGUAUAUCCUUACAAACAGUUGCCCCUCAAUAAGGCUGGCGGUUUGAAUAAGAGUGAUCCAUCAAAGAAACACCCUCAAGAAUUAUGCCAGAAGUGUCGGUCUCUUAAGUACUAUUGCGGGGCCAGAGAAUACCAUGAACCUGCCGCAGUGGUCAAUGGGGAAUAGCCCCUGGGGUCAGGAGGGCCCAAGGGUUUGGGCAUUAACUUGUAAUGUACCUACUGUGUGGUACUGUAAAAUGUCUUUGCUUAUAAUAUAAUAGGUACAGACGACAGACAGACGGACGGACUGCGGAGGCUUAGUACCUAAUAGGUAAUAAGUAUAGAUAGGAAUAGGAACCCUAAAAACGCUGAUCUGAAUCCGCUCUGAG